AUGAUCAUCGUGAUGACGACAGAAGAGUUCCAUGAAUCGACGGUAUAGAUUUCCCGUUCCCUUAUUAUAUAAAUCUCUCGUUACCCUGAUUCGUAGUCAUCGCCUAAACCCUUGGACCGGUCCGCCGCGGGUGUUCUCCGUUGCUCCCUCGUCCUCGUUCACAGUCGAUCCGUCGCCUUCAAGUUCAGCGAAUACAAUGGCUGCUGAAGAUGCUGCUGCCGAAUCUGCCCCCGUGCUCGGCGAACCCAUGGAUUUGAUGACAGCCCUGCAGUUGGUACUGAAGAAAUCAUUGGCACACGAUGGACUUAUCCGUGGCCUUCGUGAGGCUGCCAAGGCGAUCGAAAAACACACUGCGCAGCUUUGCAUUCUGGCUGAGGACUGCAACCAAGCUGACUACACUAAGCUGGUCAAGGCAUUAUGUGCGGAACACAAUGUGCACUUGGUUGCUGUUCCGAGCGCGAAAACUCUUGGCGAGUGGGCUGGGCUUUGCAAGAUUGAUUCAGAGGGCAAGGCAAGGAAAGUGGUGGGCUGCUCAUGUGUCGUCGUGAAGGAUUACGGGGAAGAAUCUGAGGGCCUUCACAUAGUUCAGGAAUAUGUGAAGUCACACUAAAGUAUGGAAGUUUUUUAGUUCUAGUCGGUGAUCAUUAAGGUGUCAUGAGAGCUUUUAAGUGUUGAGAUCAUUUAAACAUGAGGAAUUUAGGGUUUGUGGUUGAAUGUUUUCAUUCUUGUUCUCGAGCGAAUUUUGUGAUUAUUUUGCCGGAUCAUAUUGGCUUAAUUAAUGGCAUUUGGUAUUUUGCUAUAGUAUAAAA